UUCCAUCAAGUGAAUUCGAUUCAAAACCGGGAAGAGAAUUGAAAUUGAGCUGACAAUGCGUGAAUGGCCAGAGAUAGGCCUUGUCACCACAUCAUGGCCGCGUUCGUCGAAGAUGCUACCAGAGUCGUCCGCCCGCUCCGGUUGCGACCGAGCCGAUCGAUCCACCCAAGUCUUCAACGGACCUGCAACACACAAGCCAUGUAACAGCCGGGUCGAGGAUUCAACAAGUAGGACCGAGGCGCAGGAGUAGCCAUGGAAGAACUAUCGGUCGAGCGACCGUUCGAACCUCAUCGUGCAAUGGAUCAAGGCGAGGAAGCGUAAUCGUAUGGCGCAUGAUGGUCGGUGACAGACCGUGCCGGGCGAGGAUGGAAAGCCAUUUCGACCACCCGGAUGCAGAGCGACCAGGAGAUAUCGUUUCCCAGGGCCGACAAUUUAACCAACGGCGCCUCGAACGGUUGAAUCCCAUAAGUCUGAUCGCACAGGAAGGGAUGAUGAACCGAGACAGUGGCCGGCAACUCCCGCGCAACCACACACGGCCGGAAAAGGCAAAAAAGGGAAAAACAAAAAGAAAGUAUCGUACGAGUCGAGGCGAUCGAACAGAAAAAGAAAAGAAAGUGACAACUUACCAGGCAAUGUCAAAACGCUACCUAGGAAUCUGCUGGGGGGGGGGGAUGAGAAGCGAUGUGUUCGUUGGGGUAGCGCAAAAUGAAGUAUGCGUUAGACCAGGACGUCAGAGAAAUCAGGAACUGGAGAAUCGAGAUAACUCCGGCGAGGUGGAGAAGAAUAAGAACAGCAGAAAAAGAGAGGAAAAGGCACAAAGAAGAGUUACAGAACUAUCCGCAAACUAACUCCGUCUUUUCCGACAAGAACAAGGGAACGGUGGAAGGACUGAAGGAGAGGGGGAUAUAACAGGACGACAGAAGAGAGGAAAGCGA